GCUCCUUCAAAAUCCCACCGGUCUCUUUCGCCGGAAUCCUCAUCCUCCUCCCCUUCUCCGUCCAUCCUCCCCCGCCCCUCGCUCCCAAUCCGGCGAGACCGCAGAACUUCCCUCGCCUGCUCUUCCGCCUCCGCGCCAUCGCCCUCGCAGGCGAUCCGCCGGGCACCAUGAUGCACAUGACCUUCUACUGGGGGAAGGAGGCGACGAUCCUCUUCGACGGCUGGCGGACGGCCACGUGGACCGGGUACCUCCUCUCCCUCCUCGCGCUCCUGCUCGCCUCCGCCUUCUACCAGUACCUCGAGGCGUUCCGGAUCCGCGUCAGGCUCCUCGCGGGCGCCAAGCCGGCCUCCAUCCCGCCCCCCGCGUCCUCCGACCCCGCGCGGGCCCCGCUCCUCCUCUCCUCGUCCGCCGCCGGGCGCUGGCCGGCGCGGCUGGCGACGGCCGGGCUGUUCGGGGUCAACUCCGGCCUCGGGUACCUCCUCAUGCUCGCCGUCAUGUCGUUCAACGUCGGGGUGUUCUUCGCCGUGGUCGUCGGGCUCGCGGCCGGGUACUUGGCGUUCCGCAGCAGCGACGGGGAGGACCUCGUCGUGGUCGACAACCCCUGCGCCUGCGCCUAGGGUUUGGCUCGCGGCUGCCGCAGGUGUGAUUCUGUUUGGUUUUCUCGAUCUUUGUAUGACAGGUAGAAAUAAAUUUGUGUACAAAUUCAAUUGCGUGACAGGAGGAUUCCAGUGUUUGUGUAAUUUGGGGGAAAAUUGUAGAUUACAGAUUCAGAAAGCUGCUGUCUUUGACUCUCUGCGUUCCCAUCAAAUUGAUAUAUUGAUCAAAUUUAGGAAUGUGGAA